UUUCAAUAAAAUUGAUGUUCAGAAAUUUUUUGAGAACCUAAAAAUAGUUUACGAAAAACAUAAAUUUCCGCCAGAGAAAAUAUUCAAUGUCGAUGAGACCGGCAUCACAAAUGUUCACGUGCCUCAAAAAGUUCUAGCCGCAAAGAAAAUGAGAAGGUUGGGGGCCAUUACAAGUGGAGAAAGGGGCAAAAACAUUACGGUGGUGUGUACCAUGAGUGCAUCCGGAGGAUACGUUCCCCCGUUAUUCAUAUACCCAAGGCAACGGCUGCCACCACAUUUAUGCAAAGAUGGACCCCCUGGGUCGAUUUACAGGUGCUCAAAGUCUGGGUGGAUGACGGAAGAUUUAUUUUACGACUGGUUGGUUCAUUUCUCAAAACAUUCCCAUCCUUCUGUAGACAGCCCGGUGCUGAUCAUCAUGGAUAACCAUACGACGCACACAACAUUGAAGGCUUUUGAAUUCUGUAAGGAAAAUGGGAUCGUUGUUGUGUCCAUUCCUCCACAUACUUCCCAUCGGCUCCAGCCGUUGGAUGUCACAUUCUACGGCCCACUAAAGACCGCAUACAAUCAAGAGUGUGGCUCGUUUUUGAAAGUGAAUUCAUAUGAGAAAAUUUUACAAGAAAAUGUAGCGUCAUUAUUUACAAAAGCCUACAACCGUGUGGCGACAAUUGAGAAGGCAGUGAAAGGUUUUCUCUCAACUGGAAUAUUUCCUUUUAAUGAAAAUAUAUUUCCUGAGGAGGAAUACACCUUGUCCCAAGAUCAAGAUCAACUCCAGGAUCCUCCUAUAGGUGAUGAUGAGCAUCAAUUUAGAUCAGCUACACCCGAGAAUGUAAUUCAUGAUGGGCCUUCUACUUCAGGAUUACCACAAAAACCUCCCGCUUUAAAAUAUAAAAAACGACGCAGUUCUUCCGAUUCUGACAGCAGCGCCAUCUUAGAGGAAAAGUCGGAUGAUGAAGAUUUUACUACUGACAAGACUAUAGUUUGGCCUAUAUCUAAAAUUAGUCCUGUUCCAUUAAAAAAACCAUGUUUAAGGGCAAAAGCAGUCCAAAAAAAGAACUCCAUUAUAUUUACCGCCACCCCUAAUAAGGUAGAGUUAGAAGAACGCGAAAGAAGACGUAAGAAUAAGGAAGAGGUCGACAAGAGAAAAACGGUCAAAGUACGUCUAGAAGCAAGGUCAAAAACCUCCACAGAGACCAAAAGUAAGACUAAAUCCAAAACUGUCAUUUACACGGAAUGUAACAUACAAGACAACUCGUGUAUGUUUUGCAGUGAAUUUGGAAAAGAUGGUGAAUUGUGGUAUGCUUGCACCAGUUGUGGAGAAUGGGCGCAUAUGCAGAAUGCACCGAUGUAGAGAAGCCAGAGGGUUAUACUUGCGACAAAUGUCGCUAAAACUAGUGAUCGGUAUUACCCUACACUAUGAUCGGCAUUCCCCAAUCGCGUGGGGUAAUGCCGGAUUUGCAACAAUUCUAGAAUAUUUUUUUUGUUAUUUUUAUUAUUUAAGAAAUGCGCCCAUUAAUUUUUUUCUAUGACUGUUGUUGUAUUCACUUCAGUUUAAGCAUAAAUAUAUAUUUUUUUCACUUGCUAUUUUUUAUUAAAAAAAAGUAUUUCCUUAGGUGACCGCAAU